AUGAAUGAUUUCCGUGUAUGUAACGACAAGCUAAAUCACUCAUCUAAUUUUAUUCAGUCCCAAACUUCUUAUUCUAAAGGCAAUGUUUUUGAUCGACUUCUGCAGGAUUCAGCCUUAAGAAAGAAGAACAGUGAAAUUCUUGUAUACACACAAAAAAUAAAGCCAAAGCCAAAGCCUCAAAAACUGGAUUAUAAAAUUGAGGAAAUUCUUAUGCAGAAGCAUCAAGCAGCUCAAGCAAGACUGGCUGAGUUAAAAAUAAAGUAUCAAGCAGAAGAAGUAAAAGAUCUGAGACCAGUUCCUCAAAUUAACAAUACUUCGAGAAAAAUAGUGGAAUGAAGCACAAAGUUAUCAAGAGAGCAAGAAGAGGGUGUAAGAGAUGAGAAGGACUAUUCGACUAGAGUUCAGGAAAUUCUGUCUAAUACCAGAUAUUCAAAAAUGCAAUUGAAGCAGGAACCAGAAGAAAAUGCACAGAAUGCUUUUGAUGAAGUAUCAAGCAUUUCGAGACCAAAACAGACUGAAAUAUCACUAAAAGAAUUGGAAAAAUCAGUAAAUUCAAAAGACACUACUCCAAGGCAAGCUGCUCCGACGAAAGUAUUCAGGUUUCCGUCAGACACAACCCAAUUAAACUCUCCAAAAUCUUUUGCGAAAUUGCAAUCAUCAUUAGAUGUCAGCUCUCCUCUAACUCUAUUUUGGUUCAAAAAUGAAUGGAAAAAAUAUAUAAUUUUUAAAUAUUUUUAAGUGGAUAUACUAAAAAAAAAGGCUAUUAUCUGUGAUUUUAUUUAGAAAUAUGAGAUUUAAUCAAUAAAUUCUGUAAAUAAAUUAAUUUUUAAUAAUUCAAUAUUCUUAUAAAAUAUAUAGAUCUACUUGCAAUAAAAUGAGGGUUAAGAGAAACAACAGUACCAACAUCAAGAGGGACAAAUGGAGUUAAAACAGAUCGUCAAAAUCGCACCCAGGAAAUCCACGAAGUGCAUGGAAUGUCUAUAGAAGAACUUAGACAAGCAGUUCGAGCAAGGCCAAAAGUGUUUGAGCAUGAAGAGCCCCCAGAUUUGCUCGAAAUGGACGUUCUCGAGAGAGGAAAAUUUUGGCUAAAAUAUAAGCAUGAAAAAAUAGAACUUGAAAGAAAAAGACUCGCAAAAAGAGAAAUUGAAGGAUGCACUUUUAGUCCUCAAAUCAGUCCUAGAGUGACCACAAACUAUUCAGAAAGCUCAAUAAACGGAUUAAAUAGGUCAAUGUCAGUCGGCCAACUUAGUUUAAGCUAUACACAAAUAUACUUAAACAAAAAACAUUAUCGAUCAUCUUCAAAUAGGCUUAGAUCACCAAGAGUAUUUGAAAAAAUACAUAAGGCAGUCAAAAAAAUACCGCCAAAAAUCAAAACAAAAUAUUCAAGCCAAAGCCCGCCACCAGUCUUGAGAAGUCUGUCUCCAACAGUAAAAAAUAUUAGUUAUCAGUCUGGGUUCAAUGUUAACGAUUUAAUAUCCCGAGCACAGCCUAUGAUAGAUUAUCGAGCUCUAGGAGUGUUAUAA